CUACUAAAUUCAAAAGUCACAAAAGAGAGAGUUCUUUCCUUCCUGCUUUCCAUCCACUCAUUGCCCCUCCCUGGAGGCAGCCCAUAUUACCAAUAUCUUGUGUGACUUAGGAUCUAUAUUUAUGUAGAUCUAUAUAUAUAGCUUGUAUUGAUGUAAUUUAUAAUCAGGCCUCAUUUGAUAGGAACUUAGGUUCUUUCUGAUCUUUGCAAUUAAGUAUAAUUUACAUACAAAUACAGGAACAUUUGUUUCAUCUAUACAUACUUUUUGGUUCAUAAUAAGCUCUCUGUUGAGCGAGGAGGGUGUGGAUACACAAACUGCUGCUGCUUAGGGCAAUAUUCAGUAGGAUUUAUUGGAGUUAAACUUAGCAGCAAGCAAGUAGCAAAGCAUGCGAAAUCUCCAGACUUACUGAUUAUCUCACAGAGACUGUGCUUAGGCUGGACAUGGCUGUACUGGACUCAGCAUGGCUAGUAUUUUAGUAAAUAGUGACCUUAUUCCCAUAACAUUUCAUAACACUCCCAUUACAUGACAAAUAACUUCCAGUAAUUUGUGCAACAGUAGAAACUCCCUGGUCAGGGAAAUGGCCUCAUUAGAAAGGGGGAUCCUCCAGACCUACCUCAGCAGCUCGUGUCAGCCUAUUUAUUCCUUUGUUGAAGUGACUCAUACCUGCUGGGUCAGAGCAUUUCCAAGCCACUGAACAGGGAAGAAAUGAGCUCCCAGGGCUAUCUGGAUUGUUCUUUCUUCACAUGCAAGCAUAUUGCAUAACUGAAAGAGGGCAAAGCAAAAGAGGAUAACAAAAUGUGGCUAUAAGGCUCCAUCUGCUGGUAUUUGGACUCUUGGCAGCAGACUUUUAAAAAGAUGUUUUCAGCAUUUUUCUUUUGCAUCUCCAUUUUGCAGUUAUUGCUCAUGUGAAAUAUUAAGAAAAAAUUCUGUAGUGCACUCAUUCUCCAUUGCAUACUACAAACUUGCUUUUCCAAAGAUGAUGCUCUUGGAAUGGGAUGGUUAUAAAAUAGCUCCUUUGCAGGCCCUCAGCUUUUCUUUGUCUUCCUUAAUCAUUCUGAUCUGACUCUUGGAAAUUAACAGUAAUGUAGUAAUAGACGCAUUUUAUUCCUAAUAAAGCUAUGAGAUAGGCACUAUAUUUAUUAUCCCUGUUUUACAGAUGAAGAAACUGAAGCAAAGAGAUGAUGAGUUACUAACUCACCAGGAUCGUACAGCUAAUAGUGGUGGAUCUGAGAUUUGAACUUAGAACCUGGACUCUUAACACUGCGUUAUACUGUCUCAUAGCACUAAACGAAGCUCUGGGGGAACAAAGAAAAAAUUUAUUUAAUCCCUGUCAUCAAAGAGUCCAUGGUCCAGUGGAAAGGGAUAGACAUAAGAACAAAUAAUUAGUACAUUGUUAAAAAAUACUGUCUUCUUCCUGCCCAGUGACUCCUAAAGCUGUUUAACUUCAAUUCCUCUCCUGAGAGCCACUUCAUAUUGUCAACUGCCAGCCAGAUAUUGCAUCUAUAUACCUGUAUUGCUAUGGACAGCAAUCACCAAAGUAAUUACAAACUCAGUAAAACUGAGAAGAAGUUCUUAAGGAAACAGAUUAAAGCCAGUCAUACUUUGCUGAGACACGAAGGCAUCGAGACAGUAUUAUAUGCCACUCAGAGUCUGGUUGUUGCCAAUGGUGGUUUAGGUAAUGGCGUGAGUAGGAAUCAACUGCUUCCACUUUUAGAGAAAUGUGGACUGGUGGACGCUCUCUUAAUGCCACCUAAUAAGCCCUACUCAUUUGUAAGAUACAAAACUACAGAAGAAUCCCAGAAAGCCUAUUUUGCCCUCAAUGGAAAAGAGAUAGAGGAUGAUUUAGGACAAAAGAUCAUUCUGUACUUGAAUUUUGUGGAAAAAGAAUGGAAUGAGUUGGGGCUUCAAACCUUACCUCCAGGCCUGAUGGUAGUGGAAGAAAUUAUUUCUUCUGAGGAUGAGAAAAUGCUUUUGAAAAGCAUUAAUUGGGCAGAAAAUACAGAUAACCGAAAUGUUCAAAAAUCUUUAAAACAUAGAAGAGUAAAACAUUUCGGCUAUGAAUUCCACUAUGAGAACAACAAUGUAGAUAGGGGUAAGCCACUACCUGGAGGUCUCCCUUACAUUUGUGAUAGCAUUUUGGAGAAAUGGUUGAAAGAAGGUUACAUUAAGCAGAAACCUGAUCAGUUGACCAUAAAUCAAUAUGAACCUGGGCAUGGAAUUCCUGCCCAUAUUGACACCCAUUCUGCUUUUGAGGAUGAGAUCAUUUCUCUCAGUUUGGGGGCAGAGAUUGUCAUGGAUUUUAAGCACCCAGAUGGUGUCACAGUGCCAGUUAUGUUGCCUCGUCGGAGUUUGCUAGUGAUGACGGGAGAAUCUAGGUACCUUUGGACCCAUGGAAUCACACCCAGAAAAUUUGAUACUGUUCAAGCAUCUAAGAGUCGUAAAAGUGGAACUAUUACCAGCGAUGUUGGAGACUUAACUUUAAGCAAGAGGGGAAUACGAACAUCAUUUACAUUUAGGAAAGUGAGGCAAACACCUUGUAAUUGUAAUUACCCUUUGGUCUGUGACAGCCAGAGGAAAGAAACUCCACCCUCAUUUCCAGAGAGUGAUAAAGAAGCCUCACAGCUGGAACAAGAGUAUGUCCAUCGUGUUUAUGAAGAAAUUGCUGGGCAUUUCAGCAGCACAAGACACACUCCUUGGCCACAUAUUGUGGAGUUUUUGAAAGCUUUGCCAAGUGGCUCAAUAGUAGCUGAUGUUGGAUGUGGAAAUGGAAAAUAUCUUGGCAUCAAUAAGGAGUUAUAUAUGAUUGGUUGUGAUUGUAGCCAAAACCUUGUGGACAUUUGUAGAGAGAGGCAAUUUCAGGCCUUUGUCUGUGAUGCGUUAGCAGUACCAAUCCGUAGUGAGUCUUGUGAUGCCUGUAUCUCCAUUGCCGUCAUUCACCAUUUUGCAACAGUAGAGCGUAGAGUGACAGCUCUCCAAGAACUUGUUCGACUCCUGAGACCUGGUGGGAAGGCACUCAUUUAUGUCUGGGCAAUGGAACAAGAAUAUAAUAAGCGGAAGUCCAAGUAUCUUAGAGGAAACAGAAUUAGCCAAGGAAUGAAAGGGGCGCUCAGCAGCAAUACAUCAGUGCAAGGGUUGUUUGUCGAGCAAAUGUCUGAUGUGGACAGUCAAGAUUUGGCAUGUUCUGUCCCCUCCAAUGAUGACUUGCAGGAGAAAGGCUGUAAUUCAAGGAAAGUUGGUAAUUCCAAGCUUCCUAUUCACACUAACAGGACUUCUUUUCAUUCUCAAGACCUACUUGUUCCUUGGCACCUUAAGGGAAACCCUGCUAAAGACAAACCUGUUCAGCCAUUUGGUCCGGAUGGAUCCCAUGACCCAGGUCCUGUAUUUCAUCGUUACUACCAUGUAUUCUGUAAGGGAGAAUUGGAAGCUGCCUGCCAGACUUUGAGUAAUGUAAGCAUUCUGCAAAACUACUAUGAUCAGGGAAACUGGUGUGUGAUUCUUCAAAAGGUCUAAUUAUUUGUAUGAACAUACAACGUAUAGGGAAAAAAAUGUUCAGUUUUUUCUUAAAGGAGACUAAGUUGACUGUCUUUUAGUGGAAGAGAAAAUUUGUGAAAAGUACCAAAAUAGAGCUCCUGAGAGAACUUUGGAAGUAGAGAUUAGUUAGGAGACAUUAAUCUGCUACUGUUGCUGACCUCAUUUUAUCCAUAAAUGUGGGCUCCUCCUGAGGGCUUUGAUCUCUGUGUUCUUCAGAGGAACAGGAAUGGUUUUUAAAAAUGAUUGAAGCAGUUUGUGAAGUCUUUGGGAUCUAUGGAUAAAAGUACAGCACUUUGAAGAUAACCUUUUGUUAUAAAUUGUUACUGAGUGAACUAAAUCAUGUAGAAUCUCACUAAAGGAACUGUAUAACAUUUCAAUAAAGAAAAUGUUCCUGGUCGAUAUACAAUUGUCUGAAGUUUAACUGUAACUGUUAGCUCCAUAAAAACAUAGAUUAUAACCACUCUAUCUCCAUACCUUACUAGCACAGGGCCUGACACAUUUUAGUCAAUCAGAAAUACUCCCCCAUUAGUUAGCAGGAGCUUCAUUCAACAAAUAGUCACUGAGCUUUUAAUAAGUACCAGUUACUGUUUUAAGUACUGGGAAUAGAGCAGUGAAACAGACAGCAAAGAAAGUCCAGUGAUCAAAACAGAAUGGUACUGGCAUAAAGAUAGACAUAUUGAUCAUUGGCAUCAAAUUGAGAGUUCAGGUAUAGACCCAUGCAUUUAUGGUCAGUUGAUUUUUGACAAGGCUGCCAAGUCCACUCAACUGGGACAGAACAGUCUCUUCAACAAUUGCUGGAAGAACUGGAUAUCCAUAUCCAAAAGAAUGAUAGAGCACCCCUAUCUCAACUUUGUACAAAAACUAUCUCAAAAUGGAUCAAAGACCUAGAUAUAAGAGCCAGGCAGGACCAUAAAACUCCUGGAAGGAAAAAGUGAAGCAUCUUCAAGAUCUUGUGAUAGGCAGUGGUUUCUUAGAACUUACACCCAAAGC